AUGGCAGGACCUAGUGGUGAUAAGUGCAGCUGCUCAGAUAAUCGCAGUGAUGACCCUCCACCUCUGAGUAUUACACUGAAGAAGACAAGAGAUCUGCCGAAGAAGGUGAAACAUUGGAACAUAGACCAUCGUCCAGUUGACAUUCUGCUUUUGACUGUGGAGUAUUGCGAGUUCUUAGCUUGUUAUCAUUACCUGAGAGAUUCCUCUAAAAGCUAUGAGAAAUCCAUUGGGUAUGUGUACUUUGGAAAGAUGGGUGACGGUGAAGAUGAGGCACUGAAAGUUGCUUUAGUGAAGUGUUCUAAAGAAUUCUUGGAUCCUGGAGGUUCUCAAACUGCUGCUAAGAAUGCCGUCACACUCCUGAGACCCAAGGCUACCUUUUUGGUUGGUUUCUGCUACAGUUUGAAUCCUGACAAAGCCCAGCUAGGAGAUGUGGUGAUAUCCUCAAAGCUUACAACAGAUUUUCACAAAACCCCAGUGAGUAGGGAUGUUGGUAACCUUGUCAGAAGUGCAGCUUAUGGAUGGAAGGCACCAUUAGAAUACCCAGAAACACGAGAAGUCAAUGUAUGUGAUGGAGAGAUUUUGAGUUGCUCUGAUCUGAUUGAUGCUAAAAAGCAGUGUCAGUCACACCCUGGGGCAAUUGCAGUUGAAAUGGAAGGAAAAGGCCUGUUUGCAGCAGCUCAUGACAUGAAGAUGGAGUGGCUUGUCAUUAAAGGUGUUUGUGGUUUUGUACAUGGUGUUGCUUCUACAAAGGAUCCAUGGAAGACUUUUGCUUGUGUCAUGGCAGCUUCUGUUGUAUCCAACAUGUUGAAUAACUCUUUUGUGUUUGGAGACUGGCCUCAUUACGGAGACAUUUCAACAGGAGAGGAGAGUUGUAAACGUGAUGACCCUUCAGAAAAUAAACGUAGAAGGCUAGCAGAACCGUUUAAUGUUGAAAAGUGUCAAGAGCAGCUUAAGUCUCAUUAUGAAACCUUCAGGAAGGUGAAAAUCGUUCCAUGGGACGAGAGCUCUUCUAUUCAGAUUGAGAAGAUCUUCACACCUUUGUCUUGGGUCAAAGAUGACAGGAAACCCAGCGGAAUGACUCAAGAUAAACUUGAAGACUACACCGACAUGUUCAAGGAAGAUGAAUAUGAUCGCAAACCAACACGAAUGCUUGUUUAUGGUCGGCCAGGAAUUGGCAAGAGUACGUUUUGUAAGAAGGCUGCAUAUGACUGGUCGAAAGCAUUAAAAGAAGUUCUUAUGAACUUUUACAUUUUCCUUCUGAUCAAGUUGCGAGAUGUGUGUGAUUCGGAAGACAUCCGUGAUGUUUUACGUGCGUCUAAAUUGCUGGCUAGUGAUGGUCCGAUCUCAGUCGAUAGUCUCAAUGAUUACAUAAUCAACAAUCAAGAUAAAGUGCUUCUUAUUUUGGAUGGCUACGAUGAGUACAGCUGUGCAAAAGCACACUCACCUAUUCUAGAAAUUUGGAGGGGCGAGCAACUAAGAGAUUGUCACGUUAUUGUCACCACGCGACAACUUAAAUGUGACGAGUUAAUAGGCCCCAGCCACGUUCAGUUGGAAAUUCAGGGUUUCAAGAGCUGGAGUCAAAUCGUAACCUUUGCGAGAAAGUUUUUGGCUGGUGAACAAGAUCUUGACGAGUUUAUGUGCUACCUGAAAGAAAAAGAUCUCCUUGGCAUGGCAGAAAUACCUCUCCUCCUACUGAUGCUGUGUAUUUUGUGGAAAGCGAAACAUCACGAAGGACUGCCAAAAUCACGAGCCGACAUAUUCACACAAUUCAUUCAAACCAUGUUAGAUCACAAAGGUGAAGGUCAACAGCCUAUACCGUUUGUGGAAGUGACCUUUAAUGAAGCCAGAGAAGACCUGAGCAAUCUUGGAAAGGCUGCCUACGAAGCGCUGCUACAAGACCGUCUUUACGUACGCUGUAGUAAACUCCUCGGCAAUAUUUCAAGAAGUUUUCAAAAAUUAAGUAAAGUUGGGCUUUUCCAGAUUGUGAACGUUACGAGUCUCAAUCCUGAGAAAGGGGCCUAUUUCAUUCAUAAAUCCGUGCAAGAGUUCCUUGCAGCCUGGCACAUUAAGGAGGAAGUGUUGUCAGUUAAAGGAGAUAGUACGCCUAGCCUUUCCAAAGUUGAAUCAUUUGAACAGAUCGUGAAGAUGAAUGAAGUUCUCAAAUUUGCCUGUGAGUUGUCAACAGAAGCCGCGUGCGCAGUUUUCUGUCAUGUAGGGUCUGUUGGAAGAAAGGAAUCUUUGUCGGAAUGUGAUUUUAUUGAGCUGAUUCAGCAGCUUGAAAAACCGUUGUCUCAAAACCAAAAACUAUAUCUAGAGCUUAUAUCGCAUAGCUACAUUUGUUGUUCAGCCGAGAAGAGACAAGAUCUCUGCUCAGUGUUUCCCUCUUACACUGGAGGUGUUUUGUUUCUUGAUUCUAACCAGCUGAACAUUACUGCAAAUGGACAUUUGCUGAAAUCUGCCGUGAUACCCGACUUUAUCUUUUUUCCUCGCUACGUAGUGGAUUCAGAGAAAAGCUAUCGAAACUUGAUCACUGUAGCGGAGGACACAAAUGCUGUUAUUUUGAGCUGUUCGGGAGAAAAGAAAGCCGCAGAUUUUCUACAGAAGUUCCCGCGUCGUCCUUUGAAAGAGUUCUUCUUGAAGAGAGAAAGAAAAAUUAUCCUUUACAUUCUUCAGUUACGGAAAGAAGGAAUUGAUGACACUUCUUUAACUGAAAUGCUGCGAGAGCCCAUUUCAUCAAGAGGAGAGUCUACUCAGGUGAAGCGUGUCGGUGAUUCGUUGAAUGAACACGACAACGAAACAGCUUCGUGUUUCAAUAAGAACACUGAUAGCAUCACUGGUCCCACUCCAAACAGCCUUUCCUGUGUGAGGAACAUUUUUAUUUACGACAUAGAAAGGCAAGAGAUGAAGAUGUUGGCUGACUGUUUAUCACUUUACACUUCUCUGCGAUGGAUAUAUAUCGUUGGUAAACCCUUUGAAAGCAUUGAUGCUCGGUUGACAGAGACCCUGGUGUCCCAUAUCAUCUUUACUGACAGACUUGUGAGAUUAUUACUAGAGGAUAUCAAUUUAACAGCCAAACCUGCCGCAGCCAUCGCCAGAUCUCUGCACGAGGCUCCUAGCCUGCGCUGGCUCAACUUGGCACGUAAUCCUCUUGGUGAAGGAGUAAGUGUUCUCACUCGACAUCUCAACUGUGUUCCUUACCUGGAGGAGCUGUGGCUUUUUGAUGUUAAAAUGACAAAGCAACAAGUGAAUGAUUUGAGUGCAGCUGUACGUCAGAGUAAUAUCUCCUCGUUGGGGACACUCUACCACGAUCGCAAAGGGAAUGUCAAGCCUGAAGAAGAAUGGCCAACAGAUGAAUACUGGAGAAAACGUUGGAGCUUCUUCCAUGGAUCAGAGCAAGAACCAGAUCCUGGAUCAGUUACCCACUCAGAUGACGAGGAGGAACCUCAGUCCUGCCUGGAAACGUAG